GGAGUUUUGAAGAUGGCGGCGCCCUGUGAGCUGUUUUGCUGGAAGGCUGGUUUGGGUUUACCGUCAGUAAACACAGAUUGUCUCAUCGUAUUGGCAUACGCUCGCUUUGCUGGAGCUCCACUCAAAAUUCACAAGAUCUCUAACCCCUGGAGAAGCCCUACAGGUUCACUUCCAGCUCUUAGGACCAAGGAUGAAGGCAGCUGCUCACAACCCAGUCAGAUCAUCAUUCAGCUGAGAAAACAGAAAUUUAAUGCAGACUACGAUCUCUCGGCCAAAGAGGGUGCAGACACACUGGCCUUUAUCUCUCUGCUGGAGGAGCGACUGUUGCCGGCGCUGAUCUACGCAUUAUGGAUUGAUCCUAAGAACUAUGUGGAAGUGACACGCCGCUGGUACGGAGAGAAUAUGAGCUUCCCUCUUAACUUCUUCCUGCCGGGCCGCAUGCAGAACAGGCAGCUGGAGCGACUCCGACUGAUCCGAGGAAACGGCACACUCGAGGCCGGAGAAGAGGCAGAGAAGGAGCUUUACCAUGAUGCUCUGGAGUGCCUGAAUCUUCUCUCUCAGCGCCUGGGAUCAAACAAAUUUUUCUUUGGAGAUUCGCCAUCUUCUCUGGAUGCGUAUGUGUUUGGUCAUCUAGCGCCGCUUUUUAAGAUCCGGCUGCCUAACUGCAGACUACAGCAGAACUUGAAGAACCUGGACAACCUGAACACAUUCUGCUCUAACAUACUGUCUCUCUACUUUCCCAAUGAAAGUAUAGAGGGCGUCAGUCGUCCGGUGUCCAGCACGCAGCCGGGAAGCGACUUGGACAAUGAGCCAUACAAGAGACGCAAGCAGCUGCUGUCCGUGCUGGUUGCGGUCGCAGCUAUGUUGAGUUAUGCACUAUUCACCGGCAUAGUGGCUAUUGAGCAUGUGCAGGAGGAGGAGCCUGUAGGCUCACACAUAGGCCCCUCCCAUGAGGAAGAAGAGGAGGUGUGAAGGAAACGAAUGAAUGAAAGUAGGGCUUUCUGUUAGUUGCACUGGGAUGUUCACUUCAACAUGAUGCAGAAACCGUAUUGUUGGAGAUAUAUGUUUUAUUUAUUCAUUGACUUUAGCUUUAAUUGCAUGAUAAUCUUUGCUUUUAUCUAAAUUUUUUCCCUAUUGAGCUGCACUUGCUUUAAUCUCUUGACUGGGUAUGUUGAAGGGUUUACUUUUUCUGAAAUAAUGUAAUUCGGUCUGUACUUUAAUUUUAACGUCCAUUUCCUGCAAAUAUUUUAGUGCUGUUGAGCACGUACUAAAACACUGCUGAUGCCAUUUUGUUCACCUGCUUAACAGAAAUGACUAUGAUUGGCUGUGAAGCUCAUCAGUUCCCCAAACUCACCACUGUUUGAGUGUAACCACAGAUACAGGGACACUGGAGCGUUUCAAAGUCACGUGGAUAAGCUGGUUUGUCUAUAAGCUUAGAUACAAGCGAUCUGCUGAUGAAUCACUGCUUUUAAAACGCUCCAGUGUCCCUCUAUCUGUAGUUAAACUCAGUAAAAAGUUCAGCGAACUGAUGACCUUCACGGCCAAUUACAGUCAUUUCUGUUGAGUAUGCAAACACAAUAGCAUGUCAGCACUGUUAACGAACUCAACAGUACUCAAAUGUUUAUGUAUCAAAUUUCAGUAUCGAUUGAUAUCUAAUUCCAGUAUCACGACAACCCUACUUUGUAGCUUAUAUAUUUCAGAUGAGAAAGCACUUGAGAGCUGAGGGAAACCCUAAACUUUAAUUGUGUGGACCAAGACCUUAACUCUAGAGAGAUUUAGACUCUUUUUACAGCUUUAUGAUAUCACGAAUAUGUAUCUUAUAAGUGUUUGCCUCAUAUGUAUUGAAAUUCAGACCGUGUUUUUCUUGCUUUAACGCACAAUUUCAUCCACACUAGUUUUUUGGUUAUACUACAGUUCCAGUUUGAGUCGAAGAAGAUCUCUGAGAACAAAAUCGUGUUGAUUCAGAUUACAUAUUUUGUAGAUUUGCUGAUUCCUGCACAAUGAAAAUAUCUAGAAUUUUUAAUUUUUACUGUGUUAAUAAAACAGCAGUAAACCGUGUAUGUACUAUUUUAGUAAUCUGAGCUAUACUAUCUAUAAUUUGCAUAAUUAAUUGCUAAAGAUAUUCCCUUUGGGUAGUAUUUGUACAUAUUUGAAUUUAGAGCAGCACGCUUGGUCACAUGAUGUAUGAACUAAUAGGAUUUGCCAUUACUAAUUUGUGUACUGAACAUUUGGAUAUUAGCUUAUAACGUGCAAAACCUACAGGUUUACAAUGACCAAGUGUGAGUCAAUGAUUAUACAAGUUAUAUAAACAUUUUCAUUAAUAUUUCCGUCUAACUAGAAAAGGAACUCAUGUGAAAAUUGCUCACUGAUGUCAUUUUAGAUAAUAAAGCCAAAAGAUACUGUCCAAUGAAGUCUCGCUGACCAUACCUGGCAACACUCCCACAUUCCCGGGAGUCUGCUGUAUUUCAGACCCAUCUCCCGUCACCCUCCUGUUUUGUUAUUUCUCCCGGAAAACACUUAAUUCCAUCGAUCCCGUAAACCCCCUACCACCCCCAUCUCCCUUACCCCCACCACCCCCACCUGGCCUCUGCUUUUUGGUACAGUCUAUAACACCGCCGGAUUGCUGAAUGGUAUAUAUGAUCGCUGCCCGAAACCUGGCGCAUAGUCUAAUUACUACUGUGUUAUUCAAACACCUUACCCCUGACACCCCACCCCCCACCGCCAGUUCUCCCGAAUUUUCACAAACAAAUGUUGGCAGGAAUGUCGCAGACAGACCGCAAAACUUGCUAAGUUUCAGUUUCUGUAACUUUCUAUAAGGGUCCUUGCAAAUGUUGUCAUAUGUUCUGUAUUUUUUUCUUUCUAGUUAAACUAUGUUUGAGAGACAAACAGUGGGUAUGUAUAAAUAGCUGAUUUGGGUAAUGUAUUGUCUAGAGUAUUUUUUUUUUUGCCUAAACUUAUUUGUUUUUCACCAUAAUGCUUUCUAGGAGUGUAAUCAGUCAUUUUAUGAAGUUUUUUUUUGUCUACAUGUGAUGUCUACACAUUGCUUUGGGAUUUCUAUUUUCAUAAUUUAAGGGGCAAAUAAAUGAUCCAGAGUAAUCCCGA